AUGUCUGAGAACGGUGACGAGGGCAUCAACGUCUCGGACAUCGGCAAGCUCAAGGCAAACGGCAUCGUGACCGUGCUGGGUGUCGCGCAGACCCCGCGCAAGAACCUGGCCAAGAUCAAGGCCAAGAUCGAGAAGCUGAAGGUAAGCUUACGUGCGCCAGAGUUGAAGCUGACAAACAGGAAGUCUGUGCCAAGCUGCUUCUUCGCGACGGGCGUCGAGGUGUCCGAGCGCCGCACCACCGUCUUCACGAUCAGCACCGGUUCCAAGGCCGUCGACGGCAUGCUAGGCGGCGGCAUCAGCACGCAGAGCAUCACCGAAGUCUACGGCGAGUUCCGUACUGGCAAGGUGUGUGUCCGCACUGCUCAGCUGUACAGAGGGACGUUCCGCCCCGACCGCGUGCGCGCCGUUGCGGACCGCUUCGGCGUUGACGGACAGCAAGCGCUCGAGAACAUCCUCUGUGCGCGCGCAUGGAGCAGCGAGCAGCAGUGCGAGCUCCUCGUCGAGCUGGCCAUUCAGUUCGCCGCUGCGUCCAGCGCCAAGCCUGUUGGAGGUGAGCUCGUGCAUGGCGUUCGAGCUGACCACAGGCCAUGUCCUCGCGCAUGCCUCCGCAAGGGCCGCGGCGAGGAGCGUAUUGCGAAGCUCCAGGACUCGCCCGACAUGCCCGAGGGCGAGGCCACGUACUGCCUCAAGUCUGGUGAACCAAGCUCGCUGCGAGGUCGAGUGAGUGCUAUUGGUGAUGCGCCGCGAGCUGACCCCAGGCGGAAAGAGAAAGAAGGUGAGCUGAUCUAUGUCGACCUCGAGCUCAUGUCAGCGACGAAACGAGAAGAUCUUCAAGCAAGCCCAACCAAGAGCCUGUGUAAGCUUCCCAGUGCCCUUUGA